CUUGAUUCGAGGCAACGAAGUGAAUCGCUCGCUUCGGUCGUACUCGAUCAACUGAGGAAUUCCGACGAACCAGCACCCAUUUGGAGGCGACGAACCUCUGCAACUCAACUCACGAACGAUGAGGAUAGUAAGAAGCAUCUGGUCCUUCCGGAUCGAUCCGUUCUCGAAGAGUACGUGAAUCGACGAGCAAACAAAAAUCGUUUCGAGCGCCUACACAGUGAACCACCAAUUGUGGAAUCUGAAGAGAGUCUACGCUGUUCACCAUGCCUUUCGACGGUCUCCGAGCUUGUGCCUGCCUCAGCUGUACGUGUCUAUGAGUCAACCAGAAAUCUGCCCCUGAUCACGGCACCGAAUCGAUCACGAUUGAACAGUGCUGAGCCCGCAUCGAAAACGCCACCUGAACCGCCGAAACGUGACAACAGCAAAAUGCUUGACCUACUCUCGUAUGGUGAACAAAUGCUAGCGGCCAGUUAUCAAGGACUGAAACCGAGUCAAUUGAACAGGUUNGAGAUCGAGUCAACGUGCCCAGUCUCUAACGAUCAAGCCAACGUUCGUAUUCGAUGUGCCCCGAUCACCAUUCGAAGAACGAAUGCAGAAACAGGCUCACAGUCUUAG